CUGUGCGUGUCUUACAUAAGGCAGUCCUGUUUACAGACACAAGGAUUUUGGUCUUUACCAGCAGUACGAUGUUGUUGGCUUGUGUUCAUCUUGUGACUAAUCGUAACCCCAGCUCUUUAUUUCUGCACAGCUGCCUCUUAGGGACCAGGCUAAAGGAGAUUGGAGAAAAUGGGAUUUUUCUGAAUCUGCAAAGCAUGCCUGCCUUUGGGAUUGAGAUAACCCCUGCCAGGGAGCAACACGGCUGUUGCUGGCAGCUUGGGCGAGCUGCUGCUUUCCCUCAAAGGCGGAGAGCUCUCCCGUCUGCACAUGGCUCAUCUGAGCCAGCUCCUGGUCUCCGUGCCACCGGUGCUAGUCCCCAGGGCAGAGGGGCCCGGAGCUGCCAUGACGACGGGUGACUGCUGUCACCUCCCUGGCUCCCUGUGCGAUUGCCCCGGACGUGCCGCCCUCUCCAAGUCGGUGGAGGACUCCGACAUCAGUCGCCCGCAGUAUGUCACACAGGUCACCGCCAAGGAUGGACGGCUCCUCUCGACGGUGAUCAAGGCACUGGGCACGCAGAGUGAUGGUCCCAUCUGUCGAAUCUGUCAUGAAGGUGGAAAUGGGGAGGGACUGCUUUCCCCAUGUGACUGCACAGGAACACUGGGCACCGUGCACAAGAGCUGCCUGGAAAAAUGGUUAUCCUCCUCCAACACAAGUUACUGUGAGCUCUGCCACACAGAAUUUGUUGUAGAGAGAAGACCGAGACCUUUGACAGAGUGGCUGAAGGAUCCCGGUCCCCGCAAUGAGAAGAGGACCCUUUUCUGCGACAUGGUGUGUUUCCUGUUCAUUACUCCCUUGGCGGCGAUCUCCGGCUGGCUGUGUCUGCGUGGAGCCCAGGAUCAUUUGCAGUUCAACAGCCGACUGGAGGCCAUCGGACUCAUAGCACUAACUAUAGCACUUUUCACAAUCUACGUCCUUUGGACGCUGGUUUCGUUCCGCUACCACUGCCAGCUGUACUCGGAGUGGCGAAGGACCAACCAGAAAGUCCGCUUGAUGAUCCCAGCCUCACGGAGCCCUCACCCCAUGCCCCACUCCCUCCUCUCAGCCAAGCUCAUGAAGAAGACUGCAGAUGAAACCACCGUCUAAGCUGUCCCUUGGCUGCUGCGCCACGUGGCUGCUGGGGCGAGGCCAGCCCUUCAGGGCUGGCAGAAGCAAAGAGGGUCGGGUGUCCUCGCGUGCGCAGGAAACGCAGCAACUGUGGAGGCACUAGAAAGCAAUCAUCCCACCCGAAGGGACUUUGCGGUCAGCAUGUACUUUAUACUAUGGCAAACAGACAGAUAAUCAACGUCUGUCAUGUGAAAUGGCCCAAAAGAGCCAGAUGGCAAAAUAUGCCUGUCUGCAGGGACGCUUUCCUAUAACUAAAUACCAUAUGUGGAAAAUAUCUCCCUCUAUAUAU